AUGCCGAGGAGGGUUAAGAGAUCAGGAGUGAAGUUCAUUGAGGAUGAAAGAGACCAUAGUCUCACAUUCUUCAAUCGUCGUUCUAGGCUUUUCAAGGAUGCAUCUGAACUCUCCACCCUUACCGGGGCGAGGGUUACUGUGGUGGUGGAGUCCAAAAAUAAGAAAGUUUCCUCUUUCAGCACUCCAGAUGCUGGCCCCAUUGUUGACACUUUCCUUUCCGAGGAUGCAUCAACAGAGUUCAACACCAUCAAAGGAGGAAAGGUAAAAAGUACCACCUUACAAAAUGAAUCGUUUCACCUAGAGAAAAGCAAGGCUGUGGAGGACAACAUGGAGGAGAACAUGAUGCAGGCUAAGGACAUCCAAGAGACCUCAAGGAUGGCUAAGUAUGUUUAUGGUAAAGUAGAGGAUCUUAAUGCCACUGAACUCAUUGAGAUGUGCAGUAAGCUCUCAGAGAUCGAGCAAGAGAUCGAAGAUCUCUUGUCUAUCAAUUUUGUGCGGACCAAGUAG